AUGGCAUCCACCUCAGCAGCACCUCUCAAGAAAGAUGGCAGACUCAUCGUCAUCUCUGGACCGUCGGGCGUCGGCAAAGGCACCUUAAUUCAAAAACUUUUUGACGAUCACCCUAAUACAUUCGCAUUCACGGUAUCCCAUACCACGCGCGCGCCACGAGCCGGCGAAGUCGAUGGCGUAAAUUACUUUUUCGUGGACCACGAGACAUUCGCCAAUCUCGUCGCGGAGGGCGGCUUUGUUGAACAUGCAACAUUCAGUGGGAACCGGUAUGGAACGAGCAAGAAAACGAUUGCCGACCAAACAGCCAAGGGACUCGUUGUAGUGCUGGAUAUCGAAAUGUACGGCGUUAAGCAGAUCCAGGCAAACCCUAGCAUCGAGGCUCGCUACAUCUUUAUCAAACCACCCACUUUUGAGGCCCUCGAGAAACGACUAAGAGGACGCGGCACUGAAAAGGACGAGGAUAUUCAAAAGAGGUUAACUCAGGCAAAGGCUGAGAUUGAAUAUGCAGACACCGGUGUUCAUGACAAGGUUAUCGUCAAUGAUGACCUUGAGAAAGCCUACCAGGAACUUAAGGAGUUCAUAUUUAGCUGA